GAGAGAAAAAAGAAGAGGAAUAUCAGGGAAUUUUCAGUUUGUAAAAAUUUUCUUCAAUGGCGUUGGCUGUGACCUCCUCUUCUGCCAUUUCUGGCCCGAUUUCCUACGCUUCCUCUGAGAACAAAGCUCCACAGAUUGGAUCAUUUCGGCCUGUGGAUCGGUCCAAUGUUUCGUUGGCAGCUGUGACUUUUUCACGGAGACAGAGCGCGGUGAAGCCGGUGAACGCUGAGCCGAAGCGGAACGAUUCGAUCGUGCCGUUUGCAGCGACGGUUGCUGCGCCUGAAGUGGCAGAAAAAGUAGAGGUGGAGGACUAUGAGCAAUUGGCUAAGGAACUUGCAACUGCUUCUCCUCUUGAAAUUAUGGAUAAGGCCCUUGCGAAAUUUGGCAAUGACAUUGCCAUUGCUUUCAGUGGUGCUGAAGAUGUUGCUUUGAUUGAAUAUGCACGCUUAACUGGUCGUCCGUUUAGGGUAUUCAGCCUGGACACUGGAAGGUUGAACCCGGAAACAUAUCAAUUCUUUGACACGGUUGAGAAACAUUAUGGCAUCCGCAUUGAAUACAUGUUUCCAGAUGCUGUUGAAGUUCAGGGCUUGGUGAGGAGCAAGGGACUGUUCUCCUUCUACGAGGAUGGGCACCAGGAGUGCUGCCGUGUGAGGAAGGUGAGACCCUUGAGGAGGGCACUGAAAGGUUUGCGUGCCUGGAUCACAGGGCAAAGAAAAGAUCAGUCUCCUGGUACCAGGGCUGAAGUUCCUGUUGUCCAGGUGGAUCCAGCCUUCGAGGGGUUGGAUGGUGGGGUUGGGAGCCUGGUGAAAUGGAACCCAGUGGCAAAUGUGCAGGGCAUGGACAUCUGGAAUUUCCUCCGUGCUAUGAAUGUGCCUGUGAAUUCAUUGCACUCGAAAGGGUAUAUUUCAAUUGGGUGUGAGCCAUGCACUAGGCCUGUACUACCUGGCCAGCAUGAGAGAGAAGGAAGAUGGUGGUGGGAAGAUGCCAAGGCCAAGGAGUGUGGGCUGCAUAAAGGAAACCUCAAGCAGGAAGAUGGAAACAAAAAUGGAAAUGGGCAUGCAAAUGGAGCCGCCACUGUUUCUGAUCUCUUCGACACCCAGAGUUUGGUUACCUUAACCAGGACUGGGAUGGAGAAUUUGGCAAAAUUGGAGAACAGAAAAGAACCUUGGCUUGUGGUGCUCUAUGCUCCUUGGUGCCCCUUCUGCCAGGCAAUGGAGGGAUCAUAUGUUGAAUUAGCUGAGAAGUUGGCAGGAUCAGGUGUGAAGGUGGGAAAGUUCAGGGCAGACGGUGACGAAAAGGAAUUUGCACAGCGGGAGCUGCAGCUGGGAAGCUUCCCCACAAUUCUCUUUUUCCCUAAACACUCAUCUCAACCCAUAAAGUACACUUCGGAGAAGAGAGAUGUCGACUCAUUGAUGGCUUUUGUGAAUGCCCUUCGAUGAGAGAACUGAGAAGUCAAAGAUAUUCACCCAAUAAACGCCCGCCCUGCUCAUUGGGUGAUGGAAAUUGAAGGGUCUCAUUUUGCAUCUUAUACAGACGGACAACCAGUAUAGUAUGUGGAGGGUGGACUUGCCAAUUCUCCUGUUGGCAAACCAAGGAGUCCACAUUCAGUCUUAUCUUUGUUUUUGUAGUUCUAUCAUCCCAUGUAAUCCCCAUUGGUUUUCAUAAAUACUAUUCUAUUGGUACAGGUGUUUUUUCUUUUAA